GCCUGCUUCGAUUGUGCAAACUUAUGUAAAGGCCAGCUUCGAAAAAUUGCCUUGGAACGAAACGGAGAGUAGUGCGAUUAAAUGAUUAUCCGGAAAAGUGCCAGAGUUAAGAAAUUGCUCGAUCUAUGGCCCGGUAAGCGUGCCCUAGGUGUCUACCGGUUUUUGCCGAUUUUCUUUGGACUCGGAGCGGCCCUCGAGUUUUCCAUGAUUCACUGGCGGGUGGGAGAGACCAAUUUCUAUAAUACGUUCAAAAAGCGGCAAGCAAAGGAUAUCGUUGCGGAAAGACUGCGGUUGAAUGAGCUAGAACCGAUCAAAGACUAGUCCAGUUAGCACCAUGCCGGCUGGUGUCCCGCUUCGUCAGUACCUUACCUUUACGGCAGCCGCCUUGCUCACGAUGUUCUGCGGUUCGCAGGUAGUGCACAGUUACUACCAUCCACUACGUGAUCUUAACUAUUAUAUCGAACG